GUUUUUGAAAAUCACCGCCUGGUCGGAUCGCGAGACGGACGCCAUUGUGGCCUCUGCCAACACGCGCCUGGGCCAUGGUUCGAUCCCCAGCUGCCGCUGCACUUUCUUGGAUUUUGAAACCAACAUGACCUGAGCCCGUGCGACGGCAUGGCACGUCGUACUCUUGACGACCGGCUGGACCACGACCUGGUCGCGUCGGGCCAGCGCUCCUUGAAGAAGUGUUGAAUCUGGUCAAAUAGACACGUUGCACGCUGCUACGACUCGACGGGACAGACAUGCACCAGUGGACUUCAGCAUUGCUCAGGGCUCGAAUACAUGCACCGAGCGCGUUCCUCACGCCGACGAGUCGACGGUUGUUACAACGCCAGAUUGGCUAUAGUGCACUAAGACACUACGAUUACAGCGUCCAACGCAGCCCAGGCUUGACAGAGUAAGAUGAGCGCAUUCGAUGUGCGUUCGUAUAGACAUGGUCCGGGCACAAAAGAACGAAUCAUUCUCGUAGCGCGGGUGCAGAGCACGCAGUGUUGAGCUUGAUGUUUCGCGUGCGCUCUGCGUCUUUGCCAAAGUGGGAGCCCCAGGUCAGCGACGAUAGGCUCCUUGUCGAGGCAGCGCAAGGCGGCGACGCCGCGCAGGUUGCGCUCCUCCUUCAGCGAGGGGCCAACCCGAACGCGGUCGUCGAGGCUACAAUGCCGUUGCUGCAAGCUGCAUUCCAGGGCAACGCUGCGAUCGUCGACCUCCUCCUUCGCGCAAACGCCAACCCGCGUACUGCAGACGAGAACGGGUGGACGCCUCUGCACGUCGCAGCCCAAAACGGGUUUGCCAAGGUCGUCUCGCUCCUCCUCACUGCCGAUGUUGAUCCGAACCAAGCCACGCGCGCUGGCUGGACUCCUCUCUUUGCGGCGGCGCACUUUGGCCACAGCACGAUCGUGUCGAUGCUGCUGGCUGCCGGAGCCGAUGUCAACCAAGCCGAGCUUAGCGGGCGAACGCCGCUGUGGGCAGCGGCGCUUAGCGGUCGCAGCAUCAUUGCAUCGCAGCUCCUUGGCGCCAACGCCAACGUCAACAAGGCCAUGCGCCUGGGGCACACGCCGUUGUACGUGGCGGCGCAGAACGGUCACUCGGUUGUCGUGUCGCUCUUGCUCAGUGCCAAUGCAGACGUCAACGCAUGCCGCGAGGGAGAGGCGACCGCGCUCUUCAUUGCGGCGCACAACGGACACUCGAGCGUCGUCAAGCUGCUGUUGCACGCGCGGGCGAGCGUCUCGAAAUGCACGAGCGAAGGCGCGACGCCUCUCUUCAUUGCCGCGCAGAACGGACACGCGCGGUGCACGGCGCUGCUAUUGCGAGCCCACGCCAAGCCCAAUCAGCCCAAGAGCGACGGCGCGACACCCUUGUACAUUGCGGCGCAGUGCGGCCAUCUCGAUGUCAUGCGCCUUCUCGUCGAGGCCCAUGCGGAUGUCAACAAGGCGGACCUUAAAGGCGAGUCGCCGCUGUGGGUGGCGGCCGAGAUGGGUCAAGAAGCCGUCGUGAAGCUGCUCGUGGACGCCCAAGCCGACAUCAACCAAUGUGACAAGAAUGGCUCGACGCCGCUCUUUGUGGCCGCCAAGCGAGGACACGAAGGCGUCGUCUCGGCACUGCUGAAAGCCAAGGCAAACUUUGAGUUGCGCAAUGCGACCGGAAAAACGCCGCUCAUGAUUGCGGUUCGUAAAAAGCACAAGCGCAUUGUGGAGCUCCUCUUCCGCGCCGCGCUCGUGAGUAAAAAGAUCUUGUAAUUGUAGUGUACAUUCCGUGAAUGGAAAAGACCAUAA